AUGUCUAGUCAGUUGGUGGAGAAGAAGCAAAGGCCUCAUCCAGAACAAGCUCUGAAAUGCCCAAGAUGUGACUCCACCAGCACAAAAUUUUGCUACUACAACAAUUAUAGUCUUUCUCAGCCAAGAUAUUUCUGCAAGUCUUGUAGGAGAUAUUGGACCAAAGGAGGAACACUGAGGAAUGUUCCAGUGGGAGGAGGAUGUCGAAAGAAGAGAUCAUCGUCGUCGUCAUCAUCAUCAUCAACAACUUUAAAGAGGGAUCGUGAUCAGGCAUUCACACCCAAUCUUAACCCAAACACUACAUUCCCUCAGUUGUCUUAUGACUCCAAUGACUUCACUCUAGCAUUAGCUAAUUUUCAAAAACAAUCAUGUGGGCAAUUGGGAUACAACGACCAUGGUCAUUCUAUUUUGGGAAACCCCACAGGCUCCUUUUGUGACAUUCUUAGCAAUUCAGGCAUGAAUUCCUCCUCAUCAAACCCUUCAUUUUUGGACGCAAUUAGAACUGGGUUCCUUGAAACUCAAAAUCAUCUUCAGAAUUUGUAUCAUGUGUAUGGAAAUGGAGACAUGGGGGAGGUGGAUAAUGGCAAUUCUGGUGGCGUUGGGGUCAGUGUUGAGAUGAUGCUCCCUUAUGAUCAAGUGGUGGGCAAUGCAACCACUCAAUCAGUGAAUGCACUAAUGAAGCAUGAACAGUGUGGUGGUAGUGAACAAAGUGAAAGGAAGGUAUUGGGGGGUUUCCCUUGGCACCUUAAUGCAUACACAAACAUUGAUGAAAUUGAUCCAGGAAGAGCAAUUGCAAGUUGGAACAGUUUCACAUCUUCUUGGCAUGAGCCUCUCCAUAGUCCCCUAAUGUAG